GUGUGAAGCUCGCGUUUGAAGUGAUUCAAUGCGUCAUCAAACGGUUAAUUGAGAUAUAGUGCGAAAAUGCGAAUGCAAAUGCUGAAAAUCGUGGUGAUUCUGCUGAUUGCAGGAUCAGGUGAUGCCAGGCCCCAGAAAAGUGGCGCGGAUUCAGCAGCGCGUGCGGAAAUAUUUGAAGCGAGCAACGCGGGAUGGAGAGGCAUUCGUACCUCGGACAAGUCGCACGACAUUGUUCGAGACGAUAGCAGCCGACCACAAAACAACAGCAAACGUGAUUUGAAAGAUCUACAAUAUAUGGAUCAGUCGCUGAGGACCGUCGCUACUCAACUUCUCAACGUCACGAAUCCACAGGACGUGGUAAAAAUGGACACGAAGGAGUUCACCAAGAUCGAACACAGCGUCGCAACAACGCAGAAGAACGACGCGUCCUCGUUGGUUAAGGAAAUCAACUCCGAAAUAAGCAGUAUGGAAAAUAUGGGCGUGAGUUUCGGCAGACCUAUAAAUUCGAAAUUUAGCUACUUCGAGACCAGCCACCCUGGCGAAGCGAUGGCGAUGACGGAAGAGGAGCUCGAGCGGGAGAUGAGCACGACGAGGUUGAUUACCGCUCACAAAAAUCAGCCGACGACCACUGGCGGUAUCUCAACUUGGAUCUUGCUGAAUCCGCCGUCCACGACCGCGAAGAGCGUCGAGAUGGAGAAAACGAAGAUAAAGCCGCCCUUCCAGACGGAGGUUCGGCUAACGGUGAGACCGAGCUCGUCGAGCAACAAGGUUGAAACAGUUUUACAACCGGAAAAAAUCGAGGAAAGCACUACGCCGCAGCUGACGUCUGUUAUAACGACGGAGAAAGUAGCCGUGAUCACGAAAAAGCCGACGUCGACGACGAUAAAGAAAAUCAUUACCACGUCCACCUUGAGACCUGAAAAAGUCACUCCAAAUUUAGAGAAGAUAGAAUCUUCUUCGAGCACGACUUUGAAGGCGACUCGCACCACAACUGCGAGCACGUCGGCGGAAACGAAUGUCGACAGAACAGUCUCGGCGACAACGGCGCCCACGACGAAGAAGAAUCAGACACCGCGAACCACUUCUAAGCCGAAGGUCACCACGCCGAGAGUGACCUCGCAUUCCAAGUCAGGGACGAAGCCGACGAGAGCGGGUCAGCAGGGUAGACCGAAGCCCGCCACGACGAAAAGAACGACGGUGAAGCCUGAGGCAGCGAAGAACGAAACCACUACGUCGACCGGUAAGAUCGAGAAGGUAACCUUCAAACCGGUGCCGAUUAUCGCGACCCCGCAGGACAAACCUGAGAAUACGGAGAGGCCAAUAUUUGUCACUAAGAUAAAGGCUUCGAUGCUGAUGGAUACUCAGAAAACGCCGAUCACCUUACCGCCAGCUACCACGGAAACCACCACUCUGAGCUCCACGUCGAAUUUGUCCGGCGCGGAUCUCAUGGAAGUGCCGGUGAGAUCGAAGCCGAUCGGCACGAAAGUAAACAACGUACUAAAGGUGCAGUUGAAAAGUCCUGUGGACGAGACCACGCAGAUCGAAAUAGAGCCGAUCAAGGUGAACGCGCCGAUCUUGAAAAUCGAGAAGGUCGACAAGGAUAAGAUAGAUGAAAUCGUAGAGAAAGACACGGAUGACCUGAACAACUCUCCGAUAGAUCUGAAAUUCGACUUUAAUCCCGAACUGACGAGAAUCAGCGUGGAAACGCAAACGGAAGCGGCUACAACGACAUCGACGACGACGAUGUCGAGCACGACAAAACGGCCGAGGCAUAAUUCUAAGAGAAAGAAGAACAAAAGUCGCAGACGCAAGCGACCGAGUUCGGCGGCGCCGAACUCGACGACAAUCUCAACAACGAUACCGGAAACCACCGAGAGCGUAACCGACCUCUCCGUCGAGGACAACGCGAUUCAAGAGUCAAAGAUCGCGCCCGAAACGAAGGUCGCGGCGAACGCGACGAAGAACAAGAAGAAGCAGCCGCAAAAGGCGAUUAGCACGCAGAUCUACAACUUUUUAAGCCGCGAAGUGAUGCCAAGCUUCGGCGUAAUGUCGCUGGUCGGUCUAGGCCUCGGUUUAGCCUCGUACUUCCUGUACCCCUUCGGCGGCACGAUUUCCCGACGGAAUUACGAAGUGGAACCGAAUUACAAGUACAACAUGGACGAGUACGGCGGUAAUUACGGACAGAACGAGGAGGAGGUGUUGUCGAAAGUAUUUCAAGGUAUGACGAAUCACGAGAACAAGUAUCCGGGGACGAAGGAUGUCGGCGGCAGCUAUUAUCAUUAUCAGCAUUACGACGGCGCGUACGACGGCGCGCAAACGACGAAAAAAAUUGACGCGCGAUACCCGGUAUCGGUGUCCACGUCACCGAUUUACAGGACCGCGGAGAACACUCAGUCGGCGGUGAAGUAUCGAAGUACGGAUUUCCGGUAUCCCGAGACGCAGACCACGCCGGUGUACUACGAUCGCAAGCAUCCGGAUCUCGCGGAGGCGCCGGGCUCGGCGAACCGGCAGUUCGUGGUCGGUAACGUGCCGAAGGAGUACGCCGCGUACGAUGUGAAAGCGGCCUCCGUGCCGAUCGACAGCAAGAAAGGCGUCAGCUACGUAUCGACCGAAGGCGGGCAGACGCAGUUCGAAAGGGACAUCGCGCAAAGCUUGAAUUUCCCGCCAAACUCGGCCGGCGUGCACAGUUACGGCGGCCACUUGGAAGCGACGACCGGCCGACCGGACGACGGUUACGAGGAGAUCGAGAUUACGCCGACCGCGGUGGCCGUCGAGCACGGACCGCGGUCUCUCAAGGUGAAACGGGCGGCCGUUACCGACGGUGGGGAUCGGCACUCGAGAUCGAAGCGAGAAUCGGUAAUACAGGUGAUACCGUCGAAGCACGAACUGCAAUUGGAGCGCGAGGAGGAGGAGAAGGAGGAGGACUUGAGCAACGAAAUUCUAGACAUCAUCGACUCAGCUCUGCCGGCCGGACAGGCAACGAAGCACAGCGGCGAGAACAACGAGGUGGAGGAUCUCGAGGGACAGCGGAGAAAGCAGCAUGAAGAAGCUAAUACGCAUGCGAAAGAGUCCACUACGUCGACUUUUACCACCGCGAAGCACGCAGAAAACACGGAGGAGACGACGAGCAGCCCCGAAAGCGCGGAUUCCACUUUCAAGACCACUCACGAGAAGAUGAGCGACGACCCCUUCGGUUCGAGCACCCCUUCCGGAAAUGCCGAUGGCACGGAAACGCAUUCGACGAGUACAACGUCGAGCCCGAAGGACGCCGAGGCGACGACCGUCGACUGGUUCGAGAGCUCGACCACGAAGAAGCCCGCGGAGGGCUUCAGUCUGUACAACUUCGUGAAAAAAGUAGCGGAGAUCAAAUUCCGACUGGGCCUGACGAUCCUCAAGCACGCCAGCGAGGGCUUCGCGCGAUAUCUGGGUCACGUGCAGAAGAGAAUCAACGGCGAGGAGUAAGGGCGCGCGGCGCACCGCGCGAAAACUCUUCAGGAGUUAACGACGAUAACUUUAACUGACGACGGAAGUUUCGCGAUAAUAAUGCGCUCCAAUCGCGUUCUUCGAUACGCUAUGAUGGACAUAUACGGCGCGUAUUCGGUACAACAUCGUCCGGCCGGGAUAACGGCAGGUGGCGCAAUAACCACCGUAAUCCCGAAGAGCGCGAUAACCUCGUAACGGUAGUCGGGGAACGCGAAGAAGCGGUUUCUUCUUCACGGGCCUCUUCACGGUUGAUUCGAGCCACGAUUUCACGGGGCGAUCGUUACUUUUGUCCAUCUGCGUCGCCGAUAGCUGAUCGUCCUUUCACUUAGAAAGCUAAAACGAUAAAGAGGAACGCGAACUACUGUUACGUCGGCGAACGCAUCUUCCCCUUCGAGGAACCGCCGUGAA